AACGUUUCACCGUAGGAUUCAGCCGUUCGUUACAGGGUUCCACACUGGAUGUUAUUGAGGCAACAAGCAUGUUAACGUUGUGAAGGAACAGCUGAAAGGUAUGCGCAAGAAUGCUAAAACAGCAUUAGCAAGUUCUGUGUAUGAAAAGAUCAAGAAGAUGGCUAAGAAGGCAAAAUUUAAGAUAAGCAUCCCUCGAACUUGUGGUAGGCAGACAUUAAGAAACAACACCAAUGCCAGGACACCAGUCGCCUACUUUCAACGGGCAAUAUUUCUUCCCUUCCUUGACAACUUGUUGGAGCAAAUAAAUACCUGCUUUAAUGGACUAUCAGUAGCAGCAUUGCUUGGACUGCUACUGAUACCUGCCAACUUACAGCAGCUUAACGAGUCUUCUCAAGAAAAACUUAUUCGGCAUCAUUCCCCUGAUUUGCCGUCCCCAAGCAGUGCGUCGCAGGAUCUGGAGCUGUGGAAGUGCUUCUGGAACAACGCUACCGUAAAAUCCAUGACACUGCAAGAGACAUUGAAAGCCUGCAGCUCAAGCCUCUACCCCAAUGUACACACAAUUCUGCGCCUCCUGUUGAUCACCCCAGUUACAAGUGCAACUGUUGAACGUAGCAACUCUUCACUGUGCUUCGUGAAGAAUGUUUGUCGCAGCACCAUGGGAGAAGAACGUCUAAAUGCACUGUUGCUGCUCUUUAUUCGCAAAGACACACCUUUAAAUUAUAAUGCAGUUGUUGACGAGUACGCCAAACGAAACCAGAGAAGGAUGACAUUUAUCAAUCCACUGCAGUGAUUUAUUUCGAUUAAUAAUUAAUACUGGAUGUAUAAAUGCAAUGCAAUGAUUCUGUUAACAGUUCGCCUACUGCUAACACUACUAUUUUGCUUUGAAAAUUGUUUUAUAAAAUGCUGUUUAAUUCUAUCUUUCGAAACGUUAACAUUACUUUACUUUGCAUCACGAAUACGCCCACAAUCAUGUAUGCUGCAUCUCCUUAAAGUGAAGUUUUCAUUCGGCG